AUGUCAAUUAAUAACAAUGAGAAAACUCGAACGCUGUUGGCAGUUAGGAAGAUUCGCCGCCAAAAGGACGUUGAGUGGUCGAGUCACAACGUUGUCCAGAACCGUCUCAGUAAUUGCAAGUGCACGAACCACACGAAGAUCAGGACAUCUACCUAUCGGAGUUUCAGAGGCCUAGGGGUAUCUCAUGUCCUACGGAUACAGUUUUUGUAUAACCCGUCGGUAAACACCCAUCCUUCGGCCCCCGCCAUCAACAUGGCACGACAACACCGUACUGAGUGA